AGCGGUAAGAUCGCAUCUUGUUUCUGUGGCGUGCUAGAUUUGUUGGGUAGAGGCAUCCACCAUUAAUAGGGUGUGUGUGUGUGUCGUUAGCUGGGGUACGGAGACAAGAAAUGUUUUAGGGCUGUUCAGGAAAGGGGUGAUGAUGGCCGACGAGCAGUCAGGGCCGGCGGUGGUGGUGGCGAUGAAGGGCCACCCGGGGUCUGGCAAGUCUACGGCGGCGCGCGCCAUCGCCACCGCGCUCCACUGCCCGCUCCUUGACAAGGACGACGUUAGGGACUGCACGCUGCCCCUCGAGGGCUUGGCCGCCGCUGGCUUGCUCAACGAGCUUUCCUACGCCGUGCUGUGGCGGGUGGCUGAGCGCCAGGUCCGGCUCGGCCUGUCCGUCGUCGUCGACUCCCCGCUGUCGCGCCGCGAGCACCUCGACACGUUGACCUGCCUGCCCGCCGCACUUGUUGUCAUCGUGGAGUGCCGUCCUAACGAUGAAGAGGAGUGGCGUCGGAGGCUAGAGGAGCGGGGGGUGGCCGUGGCCAGUGGUGGUGCUGGUGAUGGAUGGCAUAAGCCGAAGACGUGGGGUGAGCUGGAAAGGCUUGUAGAAGGGUACCAAGGUUGCACAGAUUAUGAAAUUGGGGAUGUGCCAAGGAUUGUAUUGGAUACAACUGAUCCGACAGUCGAUGCGCAGAUGAUCGCUGCGAAGGUUGUCGGUUUCGUUAGGUCUCAUCUUGCUUGUAGCCAAUAGGUUUACUGGCUGUUUGUUGUUGCCAAACAUUUUGUGACAGACAGGUUUCACCUGUUUGCUAUUACAAGCAAAAAUGUACAGAAAGUUAGCAUUAGGUUAGAAUUUCAUGGCAAAAUGUUGAUAUGCUGUACUGUAGUUCUUCUGGUUUCAUUUUUCGUUUGUUCCUGUCCCAUCUUUCCUUGUACAGAUAAGAAGUGCGAUUCUCACCCUUCAUUUUCGGGUGGAACAUACCGAUUUUGUAAAAUGAUCCACCUUUGCCUUUGCCUGAUCUUAAAAGCUAUUCUGUUUUGGA